CCACAAACAUUGUUCAGUAAAAUGGGCUUGCUGAGCAAAGGAAUUCUUUAAGCCUGCCUUCAGGGCAAGGUUGUCAACCUCUAGCCCUCCUCUCCUCCAUCUUUCUACACUGUAGAAUUUUACAUUCUAAAAUGUACGGAGUUCAAAAUGGAUUCCUCACAUUUUGAGCAAAAGAUAGAAGAAGGUAGUUUGAUCUCAUAUAGCCUUUGUGCAUUUGAAUUCUUCUUCUUCUUCUUCUAUCUUUUGCUGUGAAAGGAAAGGAGGGGAAAAUGGAGAAAAAAGGGACCAUCUUGAUGCAAAAAUAUGAGCUUGGGAGGUUGCUUGGUCAAGGGACCUUUGCAAAGGUAUAUCAUGCAAGAAACAUCAAGACAGGGCUCAGCGUCGCUGUCAAAAUCAUCGAUAAAGAGAAGGUGAUGAAGGUUGGUUUGAUUGAUCAAAUCAAACGCGAAAUUUCUGUCAUGAGCCUGGUUAAACACUCCAAUGUUGUCCAACUCUACGAGGUCAUGGCUAGCAAGACUAAAAUAUAUUUUGCCAUGGAAUUUGUCAAAGGUGGGGAGCUUUUCAAUAAGGUGGCAAAAGGGAGACUCAAAGAAGAUGCUGCAAGAAAAUAUUUCCAACAAUUGAUUGCUGCAGUUGAUUUUUGCCACAGCAGAGGGGUGUACCACCGCGAUCUCAAGCCAGAAAAUCUCCUUCUUGACGAGAAUGGAAAUCUCAAAGUUUCAGACUUUGGAUUGAGUGCAUUGCAUGAAUCAAGAAGGCAAGAUGGUCUCCUCCAUACAACCUGUGGAACACCAGCCUAUGUUGCCCCAGAGGUGAUCAAUAAGAAAGGGUAUGACGGGGAAAAGGCCGAUAUUUGGUCGUGUGGAGUCAUUCUUUUUGUUUUGCUCGCUGGUUAUCUUCCAUUUCAUGAUACAAAUUUGAUGGAUAUGUAUAAGAAGAUAAGCAGAGGAGAGUUCAAGUGCCCGCAAUGGUUUCCCCCCGAGGUCAAGAAGCUCAUGUCGCGAAUUCUUGAUCCAAAUCCAUGUACCAGAAUGCCAUUGUCUAAAAUCAUGGAAAAUUCUUGGUUCAAAAAGGGAUUCAAACAGAUUGCAAUUCCAAUUCCUGAUCUUGAUGGCGCUGAUUGGGAGGAGUUUGAAUCACCACGUGGUGUUCUGGACAUUCAUGACGUAUGUAAAUCAGAUUCAGAGGGAAUUCAUCAGCACAAGGAAGAAGUCAUAACUAGGACAAUGAAACCAACUUGUUUGAAUGCAUUCGACAUCAUAUCUCUCUCACCUGGCUUCGAUUUAUCUGGCCUAUUUAUUAAAGAUGUAAAUUGCAAAUCAGAAGCUCGAUUCACCACGCAAAUGCCACCAUCAAUGGUCGUGGCAAAGUUGGAGGAAAUUGCAGCUAUAGAUAGUUUUAAGGUGAAGAAGAAAGAUGGCAUGGUGAAAUUGCAAGGCAACAAAGGCGGUCGAAAAGGGCUGCUUGCAAUAGAUGCAGAGAUUUUUGAAGUCACUCCUUCAUUUCACAUGGUGGAGGUGAAGAAGAGGGCAGGAGACACAAUGGAAUACAAGAAAUUCUGUGAUCAAGAAUUGAGGCCUUCACUCAAGGGCAUUGUAUGGGAUUGGCAAGACAUUACCAACAAAGAACUACCUCGGAAUUAACAAUCCAGAGGAUCAGAUAUGAGUGCAAUUACCCUCUUGGAUAUAUGGUUGCUUGUGGGAUUUGAUUUUUUUUUUUUGUUGAUAAGUACGAGGUUUCGAGUCCAAGACCAUCUAUUUACAAUCUCUUCCACGUUACCACUUAACGGAACACUCCCCCGUGGGACUUGAUCUUAAUCAUCUUAGUUGCUCCAGGUUUCAUGAAUAUGCAAUUGGUAUUUUCUUUUUUAUUUUUGUUCUUUUUUUUUCUGGCCCUCUUGAUUUAGUGAACUUUCAAAAGGCUCAGUUCUAUAUUACUCCAGAUUUUUAAGCAGUCGAUGUAGGAGAACAAUGUACUCGAUCAUUAAAAGACGACCAUUUCUCCAAGAAAAUG